GCAGCUGCACCUGAAUGUUGUGCUCACACUCACCAGACUCAUAGCAAAAGCAGUGUGUAGUGUUAGUGUACCCUUUAUCAACAAAAAUCCCCAAUUUCAAAAAGUACUCUCUCAUUUCCGCGCCCACAUAAAAUAAACACAAAAACAAAGGCACAAAGUAAAAACCCUUCUCGUUCAUCAAAAAAAGUAAAAACCCUUCUCACUCGCUCACAAGAUUUGAAAAGAAAAAAACGACAACGACAAAUUUUCACCAUUUUCUUGAAAACCCAUUUGCAGCAAUGGAAGAAGAAGACCAUCAAAAAGUGUCAGAUCUGAUAAAAGAGCUGGUCCUUCGCUUACUUUCCCAAAACCCCACCUCCGAUUCCCAACCCAUUGACCCAAACUCCACCGAUUUCGCCAACUCUCUUCGCUACGCAUUUCGCAUUCUCUCCAGCCGAAUGACACCUUCCAUUGCUCCUGACGCCGCCGCCAUUGCUGAGUCCAUCAAGCGCCGUCUCGCCACUCAAGGUAAGUCCUCUGAAGCCCUCACUUUCGCUGACCUUUACUCCAAAUUCGCUUCAAAGACUGGACCCGGUAGUGUUAAUAACAAAUGGGCUGUCCUUUAUUUGCUCAAAAUCAUUGCCCAUGAUAAGAAUUCCGCGAGAACCCAGUUGUUGGAUUCUUCGGUUUUAUUGCCUAAUUUGUCUGAUUCGAGGGUUUCAAGCAGAAAACAAAACGGUUGGGAAAAUGGGGUUUUGUUGGUUUCUAAAGACCCCGAAAAUCGGCGUGAAAUUGCGUUUAGGGAGUUUGUGAACUUCGUUAAAGAAGAGAAUGAGGUUCGUGAAGAGGUUUUGGUGAGGGAUGUGUUGUAUGCUUGUCAAGGGAUUGAUGGGAAGUAUGUGAAAUUUGAUAAAACUGCUGAUGGGUAUGUUUUGUCUGAUUUAGUUAAGGCUCCUAGAGCAACCCGGAUUAUGGUCCGGAAGCUUUGUGAAUUGGGUUGGUUGUUUAGGAAGGUUAAAGGGUAUAUUUCGGAGAGUAUGGAUCGGUUUCCAGCUGAGGAUGUGGGAACUGUAGGGCAGGCCUUUUGUGCCGCAUUGCAAGAUGAGCUUUCGGAUUACUAUAAGUUGUUGGCAGUGCUCGAAGCACAGUCGAUGAAUCCUAUUCCAUUGGUUUCUGAGAAGGUGAGCUCUGAGAAUUAUCUUUCGUUGAGGAGGUUGUCGGUAUGGUUUGCUGAGCCGAUGGUGAAAAUGAGGUUGAUGGCUGUUUUGGUUGACAAGUGUAGGGUUUUGAGGGGUGGGGCAAUGGCUGGGGCUAUUCAUUUGCAUGCCCAGCAUGGUGAUCCGCUGGUUCACGAGUUCAUGAGGCGUUUGCUCCGGCGGGUUUGUUCUCCACUUUUUGAGAUGGUGAGGAGUUGGGUUUUGGAAGGGGAGUUGGAGGAUAUUUUUGCUGAAUUUUUUGUUGUGGGUCAGCCGGUGAAAGCGGAGUCUCUUUGGAGAGAUGGUUACAGGCUCCAUGCUGGGAUGCUCCCAUCUUUUAUUUCACAAUCUCUUGCUCAGCGCAUUUUAAGGACUGGUAAGUCAAUCAAUUUUCUUCGUGUUUGUUGUGAGGAUCGCGGUUGGGCUGAUACUGCAACAGAAGCUGCUGCUGCUGCUGGGACCACAACAAGAAGAGGGAGCUUGGGAUAUGGUGAAACCGAUGCCCUUGAGUCUUUGGUUGAUGAAGCAGCAAAGAGGAUUGAUAAGCAUUUAUUGGAUGUUAUGCACAUACAGUACAAGUUCAAAGAACAUUGUCUUGCAAUCAAGCGGUAUUUACUGCUUGGACAAGGUGAUUUUGUUCAGUAUCUAAUGGAUAUUGUUGGGCCAGAACUUUCAGAGCCUGCUAACACCAUUAGCACUUUUAAAUUAGCUGGGUUGCUUGAAACUGCAAUUCGGUCUUCAAAUGCUCAAUAUGAUGACCCAGACAUAUUGGAUAGGUUGAGAGUUAAGAUGAUGCCACAUGGAACUGGAGAUAGAGGCUGGGAUGUAUUCUCAUUGGAAUAUGAUGCAAGAGUUCCACUAGAUACUGUGUUUACGGAGUCUGUUAUGGCAAGGUACUUAAAAAUUUUCAAUUUUCUGUGGAAGCUUAGGCGGGUGGAGCAUGGGCUUAUUGGUGCAUGGAAGACGAUGAAACCAAAUUGUAUUACUUCUCAUUCUUUUAAUAAGCUGCAACAGGCAGUUAAGUUGCAGUUGCUUUCAACAUUGAGGCGAUGUCAGGUUCUUUGGGUUGACAUGAAUCAUUUUGUAACAAACUUGCAGUAUUAUAUUAUGUUUGAAGUCUUGGAGGUGUCAUGGUCGAAUUUUUUGAGUGAAAUGGAAGUAGCAAAGGAUCUUGACGAUCUACUUGCUGCACAUGAGAAGUACCUACAUUCAAUUGUAGAGAAAUCCCUCCUUGGAGAACGUUCCCAGACCCUUUGCAAGUCACUCUUUGUCUUGUUUGAUCUUAUAUUGCGCUUCCGAAGUCAUGCUGAUCGGUUAUAUGAAGGGAUUCAUGAGUUGCAAGCAAGAACUAUGGAAUCCUCUUUGCCCUCUCGAGACAAGAGCAAAUCACGGAGGCAAUUAGGUGAUAAAUCUUCAGACCCUGGGUCCUGGAUAGGUGAGGGCAGGAAGGCCCUAACACAACGUGCUGGUGAAUUUCUUCGCAAUAUGGGACUAGAUUUGGAUGCAAUAGCGAAGGAAUAUUCAUCACUGCUUGAGGGCUUCAUUUCUCAGUUGCCUGUGCAGCAACAUGUUGAUCUAAAGUUCCUCCUGUUCCGGCUUGACUUCACCGAAUUUUAUACCCGGUCGGGUCCUAGUUUAUAGGAAAAAAUUUGAUGCAUUUGAGUUCAAGGAAAGUUUCUACUGUCAAGGCAUUAAUAAUGUGCUUCAAUUUGCUAACGACUCCCAGCCAUAUCACUGAACAAUUAUGCAGGGGCUGGCUGACAUCAGGAUGUACCAGUUUGUAUAUAAUUUCUUGAACUUAGAUGGUGUUUCUUUUUUCUGAUGGCUUGUGUGGAGGUUUAAAUUGACUUGAAGGUAUUUUGCUAAUAUUAGACCAGGGUGUGAAAUGUGGUAGUGUUCACGUUUUGUAUCUGAUAUCUGAAUGAUUUUCUUUUGGUAUUUUCUUGCGGCUUUUGUAAGCGUUCCAUCCUGAGCUUGUAUAUUUGUACCAUAAUUUUUCUAUUGGUUGAAUGAUAAGCAAUGUCUGCUAUCUAAUGUUUCACAUGUUCAUUUCUUCUA